AUAAAUCCGAUGCAAGGGCCAAGGAACACUGGUGGUUCAUCUUCUGGGGUGAAUCAGGGAGAUGGUGAAUCGGUUUAUAGCGCAGAGACCAAUUUCAAUAACAUGCCGACUCCAGCAGACAACGAGUUUCCGAACAGCAGUACGCCUUCAGGACGACAAACUUACGCGAGUUCGAGUUCUCAUGCUACUCAAAUCCAUAACUGGUGGAGGUUCGGAGAAUCAAGCUCCGUUUCAGGGCCAUCUCAUCAGGUCGGGAUGAAGACAAAUCACCAGCUGCCUCAAGACGGUGGUCAUCAUCAGGUUGUUGGAUCUGGUUCUGAAGGAAGGCAGUUGCUGUUACCUGGACAGUCUUUCUUGCGCGGUUCAAGCUCUAAUCCUAUGUCACAGCAUGUAAGCAUGGACAUGGACACCAAUGGUUAUGGUUCUGCACAGACUUCCGGUGUCGUUAUCCGUCAGAGUAACUGUGGGAGUUCAUUAGGAAGCUCGGUUCAGGCGGCUGGAGAGAGCAGUAGUGGUCCAGCAUCUUCGUUGAGUGGUGGUUGGGGCUCGUCCUGCAAAAGAAAGGCUCUCGAAGGAGCUCCUUUCUCCGGUGAAACUCCUGACUGCGUUUUCCGGACUGAAAGUGGUUCAGGUCUUUCUCAAUAUGGUGCUUCAAGCAGCUUGAGCUUGGCUACACCUUCACAGAAUUCUCCAAAUGUCACUACGAAUCAUUUCGGAAGGACGGAACAAAUGUUUGGAACUGGUGGUGGAAGAACGGUUACUAUUAAUGGUUUUCAUCCUCCAAGAAACACUGACACUUUCUCUAGACCUGGAAGAAGAUUGAAUCCAAGACAGCCUCAAGAGUCUGUAGCGUUCAGCGUAUCACAUGGUGGAGGUUCUGUGCGUCCCGCUGGUUCUUUGCAACAGAACUCUCCUUUUGCAGAUCCUCUCGAUGUGAGAUCAAGAUCGAUUAGUAGUGGCUCAAGCAGUGGUGAGAAUCAGACAAAUAUAGUCCAUCUCCCUGCUUUGACCAGGAACAUACACCAAUUUGCUUGGGAUGCUUCUUUCAGUUCGAGAGCCAGCGACUCUUCGGGUUUUGGAAUGCCUGCAGAGCGGUUUGGACCACAAUGGGAAACACCGAGAAGCCAUCCAGAGCAGCCCAUGUUUGCACCAGUGCAUGAUCAAUCCAUUUGGAGUUUCUCUCGUGGGAACUCUGGUCCAUCUAUAGACUCUCCGUUUGUUUCUCGAGCAGGGUCGAGUUCAGAGAUUCAUAAUGCGCGGCAGCCUGUUCCCGCUUGGAUUCCUCCUCAGAGUGCACCGUUACAUAAUCCAUCGAGGACAUCGGAAGUUUCUCCUUGGUCUUUAUUUCCUAGUAUUGAAUCUCAAUCUGCUAGUCAUGGUGCGUCUCUUCCAUUAUUGCCCACGGGUCCUUCUGUUUCCUCAAAUGAGAUUGCAGUGCCAUCUAGUUCUAGUAGCCGAAGCCAUCGCUCACGGCAGAGAAGAUCAGGGUUGUUGUCGGAGAGACAGAAUGAUCUUCUCCAGUUGCGUCACUUAGGGAGAAGCUUAGCUGCUGACAGUGAUGGAAGGAAUCACCUCAUCUCUGAGAUACGUCAGGUGUUGUCCGCCAUGAGAAGAGGGGAAAAUUUACGGAUUGAGGAUUACAUGGUGUUGGAUCCACUUAUCUACCAUGGUAUGACUGAAAUGCACGAUAGGCAUAGGGAAAUGCGACUUGAUGUUGACAACAUGUCGUACGAGGAGCUAUUGGCACUUGGGGAACGCAUAGGAGAUGUGAGCACUGGGCUAAAGGAAGAUGUCAUUUUGAAAACAAUGAAACAGCACAAAUAUACAUCUUCUUCUACUGAGUUUCACCAAGACAUUGAGCCUUGCUGUAUAUGUCAGGAAGAGUAUGUUGAAGGUGAUGAUCUUGGGACCUUAGAAUGUGGCCAUGGAUUCCAUAAAGACUGUAUCAAGCAAUGGGUCAUGCUCAAGAAUCUCUGUCCCAUUUGUAAGACCGUGGCAUUAACAACGUGA